CGGCGACCUCUGAUUUUUAAAGAUGGAGGAACAAAUUAUCUAUUCUACGGUGAUUUUUAGAAAUGGUGGUGCAGCUCCAAACGAGAAAAAAGAGGACCCGAAAAAUGAAUCUGAAGUGAAACCUAAAGAGGCUGCUGCUGCUGUACCGAAAGCAGAUGACCAAGCAGCUGAAGGCUCUCGGUUUGGUGUGUUGGUGGCGUGUUUUGGGAUUCUUUGUGUCCUCCUGGCUGCGAGCAUCAGCGUCAUUAUCUACUUCAGUUUUGUGAUGAAAGAUCAGAGUGCAAACCUCAACAACCUCACAGCAGAAAAUGAGCUGCUGAUCGUGGAGAGGAGAUACUUGAGCAGAGUCACAGACAAUCUGAACUGGACACUGGAAGUCAUCCUGAAAUUUAAAUCCUUUCCAGUAAAUGACUUCUGCCCAAAUAAACAUUGUCAGCCAUGUCGUAAACACUGGAUUCUGUUCCAGGAAAAGUGCUACAUGUUUUACAAUAUUUUUCCUUGGAAAACAUGGCAAGAAAGCCGAAAGUUUUGCCAAGACUCUGCUGCAGAUCUCGUUGUUGUAGAUAAUCUGCACGAACAGGAAUUCAUCAGUAAUCGCACCAAGUACUACUUUGACAAGUUUCAUGGAUAUUGGCUCGGUUUACAUGAAACCAAAGACAAAUACUGGGUCUGGAUUGAUGGACGCAAUGACACUCUUGGGUACUGGUUAAUGGAAAACCUUGGUACCCCGGGCAAAUGUGGACUGAUGAUCCCAGGGAGGAACCUUACAGCCAGCUGGGAUCCAGCAGACUGUCCCAUGAGGAACAGAUUCAUCUGUGCGAGUGACGUUCUGACAAAGGUCUAAUAAGUGAUUAUAAAUAUUCUUGCAGAAAUCUUGCGAGGAGCACCUGGUCGUGGCUGGUUUAUGGUGAAAUUAUGUUCUUUCCACUUCCGAAUUAUGGCCCCAACAGUGCUCACUGGAACAUUCAGACGUUUAGAAGUCCUUCUGUAACCAAUGCCAUCAGUAUGUUUUGCAACAAUAAGGUUGCAAAGGUCUUGAGAGAGCUCUUUGCUUUUACCCAUCAUGAGAUGUUUCUUGUGUGACACCUUGGUAAUGAGACACCUUUUUAUAGGCCAUCAGUUGGGACUGAACCAGCUGAUAUUAAUUUGCACUGACAAGGGGCAGGAUUGCUUUCUAAUUACUGAUAGAUUUCAGCUGGUGUCUUGGCUUUCCAUGCCUUUUUGUACCUCGCUUUCUUCAUGUGUUCAAUACUUUUUCCCUGUGUCAUUCCAUCUUAUUAAAUUUCAUGUCAAUAGCACCUUUAGAAAUAAAUAUAUUUACUGAAAAAAAUGGUGACGUGUUCAAUACUUAUUUUACCCGCUGUGUAAACCAGUCUGUGUUGGUUGCUCUUUGCAAAAAACCCUUAUGGAAUAUGUAAUGUGAUGGUGUAAUAUUACAGGCACUGACAUUUCAUGCACUUAAUACGUCAGUUGAGUCAAAUGUGUUGUAAGCUAUUGAGACAAACUGUUGGCACACAACGUUUUGUCUUUCUCAAACUUCAUUUCGCCAUUAUUAAAAUGUACGUAAUCAGGUGUAAGUUCGAAAGUUCAAAGUUGUUUGCAAAAAAAGGAAAAUUUGAAGGAAAAAGCUUUGAAAAGGAUGCGAGGUAAACAGUUGUAUUUCUAACGUGGAGAUGCAACACACAGUGAUCGGUCAUUUUCAAGAGUCGGAUUCUAAACUGAAGUGCAGAUACAAACAGCAGCUUCAUGGUUAACAUGUCGAUAGCGUUGUUUUAAGAAUAUGUUUGGUAACAUUUUGAGUUUUCUAGUGUUUAUCGGCAAACUGUACUGUAGAUGUUUAACAGCGUCACCUUUUUUUUUUCUUUCAUUCAAUAAA